AUGCUGAAUUUAGCUGACAGUGUGUUCUCGGUUGUCUUCGUCAUUGAGUUAAUUCUAGGUUUUUGCUGUAAUAGUUUCAUAGGACUGCUGAAUUGCAUUGACUGGGUCAAGAGCAAGAGGAUGACUUUGUCUGAUUUCAUUAUUACCAGUCUAGCCCUGUCCAGAAUAUGCCUUCUUUGGGCACUUGUAAUUGAUAUUUUAGUACUGGUCCAUCCCAGUUUUUAUGAGGAAAUGAUAGCAAAGGAAAUUAUGGAUACAGUCUGGAUAUUUAUUAACCUUUUAAGCAUUUGUUUGACCACCAGCCUUAGUGUCUACUAUUGCUUGAAGAUUGCCAAUUUCUCCCACUCUGCCUUUCUCUGGCUCAAGUGGAGGAUUUCCUAUGUUAUUAUCUGGAUUCUGCUGAGCAAUGUGCUUUUCUCUUUUUUCUGCAUAGCAACCCCAGUCAAAGAAUUCAUCAUUUGUUUUAGCAGCAUACAAAUAACAAACUGCACUGAAAACAUUACAAAGAAAAGUAGCUAUUCUCUCCAAUUAAUUUUGAGUACCAUCUGGAUGGUCAUCCCCCUUGUUGUAAUUCUAUGCUCCUCUCUCCUGCUCAUUCUCUCCCUGAGGAGACACAUGCAGCAGAUGAAGAACUAUAUCCCUGGCUCCAGAGACCCAAGCACUGAGGCUCAUUUAAGAGCCAUCAAAAUCAUUCUCUCUUUCCUCUUUCUCUUCAUAGUAUAUUUUGUUGCCUUUUUUAUACUUAUGUUAAGCGAUCUCCUGCCAGAUAGUGAUUCAGCAUGGCUGAUUGGGGAGAUGAUUACGGCUAUCUAUCAUUCUGUACACUCACUCAUCCUCAUUUUGGGCAAUAACAAGCUGAAGAUUGCAUUCCUGAGGAUGCUCCAGAUAGUGCCUGAAAGAUGGGACUAG